AUUGGCUGAAACAUCUGCCCGUCACCGAGAAGUGCUGAGGUUUGGUUCGCUAACCACGACCCGCCCACCAGCGCCCGCCCAUAGGCGCUCAGGUUACUUCUCCGCGGGACUGGGCUCGGGAGCAAAGUUGCUCGGGGCUCGGGACGCCGUGUCGGCUGGUAGAAUUCUGACUCGACGUCUGUCGCGGCGCAGGGGUUGUUGGGGGCUGCGUCAAGGAGACAAUAGACUGGAACGUUCUGUCUUUCCAAGGCGACGGGCCCGAGCUGGCGGGGCCGCACUCUCCGGUGGCAGCCGACCACUGCAGGGCCGUGGGCCGAGGGGUCGCUGCAGGGAGCCCAAGGCCCAGCCAGUCUUGGGAAGGGAGCUGAGGUACCUGUGGCGGUCUGCAACUUUCCUGCCAGGCCCGGCGGAGCACGCGCAAGUUCCCCCUCGGAAAACUUUUUCUAGGGGCUCUGUUUUUCUGUGACCACAAUGAGAAAUUUAGACAGUGAUGAUCGGGUAACUGACAAGCUUACCAAGCCCAAGACAUCGAGAGAAUGGUUGGAACCACAGCCACUUUCUUUUAUGGAGGCAUUAGCUAAAGAAGAUAUUGAUGCAGCUAUUCAAUCAAUAUUAUAUAGAGAAAAUUACAUAAUUAAGGAACUAGAUAAGUGUUUACAACAUCAUGACUUUUUAAAGGCAAGAAGAAAAGAGAUGUUACAUAAAAGAUGGGCUGACCAUGUGGCACAUCCUCUCCAGAAGAAAAUUAUAGAAAAAGUUUGUUCAUAUAAGAAGAUUAAAAAAAGGAGACAAGAAGAAUUAGAUAGUUUUUUAAAACAUGUAAAUAAAAAGGGAAAUGCAUUUAUAGAACAUUAUGAUCCAAAAGAGUAUGAUCCUUUUUAUAUGAGCAAAGAGGACCCAAGUUUUCUGAAGGUUACCAUUCCACCAUUUCGUGACCCUUUGAAAAAGGCACAAUAUGACAAAGAUGAUGAAAAAAGAACUCUUCUUCAGUGUGAGACUGGCAAAAUAUAUACAAUGAAAGAAUUUAAAGAGAUUGAAAAGGCCAAACUGCAUUCCAGAUUCCCAAGAAUUUCUAAUUCAAGGCACUUUAUGACUCCAAAUGAGUGGCUUAAGCUGCCUACAACCUACAUAGAAAGUGAAUUUUGUAAAAGGAGCAGGUUAAAAGUGAAAAUGAAUUUUAACGAUUGUGGUUUUGAUUUGAAACCCUUGACAAGAACUCCUCAUCCUGUUGAAUCUCAGCAAGAAGAAAAAGCAGUUAUUUACAAAAACAAAGGAUCAUCCUUUCUGGAAAAAGAACCUCUAUGUUUUCAUGACAGAAAGAGUCCAAGUCUCAAAGAGGCCAACUCUGGAGGUCAUUUCGUUGACCCUCAGCAGGAGAUAGAAAGGGAUGGGGACCAGGAGGCGGUUUUAGCAACCAAGGAGCACACACCCCGAUCCUUGAUUGGUGAGGGACACAAAAGAAGGCUGUUCCCGAGGACGUCAUCUGCCUGCAGGGUUCAUUCGGGGUGAGGACCAAGGAAGGCGCUCAAGCACCUGCAAUAACCACUUUUUGAGUACAGCGUCUGUAUGAUAAUUAAGAAAUCACAAUACCAUGUAUUGACGGUUAUUGCCAAUGUAUUUUCUGCAGAAGUUAAAUAUUGCCUAAAAGAUCCAAUAAAAAUGAUA